GAAUAACUUUAACAUUUAUAACAUUAGUACCUAUGUAAUAUGAUUAUAUAUUUUGUGUUGGUCACGGAUGUAUGCAGUUUAUAACGUACCUUGAUUGUUAAAGUCGUUUUGAGGUUAUCUUUCGCCGGGUCUCGCUUGUUAUUGUAAAUAAGUUGACGGUUUCAAUAUUUCAAGGUAUUUGUGGUUUGGUUUAUGAUUUACUGCGAAACGUUCUUUUAUACAACGCAAUGCUGCCCGACUGGCUGAGGGCCCAGCUGAUCAGAUGGCUGGAGAACAACCGCGAGCUGGUGGUGCUGUUGUUUUGCCUGCCAGCCAGCUUCCUAUUCACACUGCUGCUGCGGUUGAAGAGCUGGCUGCGACACCGACAGGGACCCGGGCAGCAUGAUGUAGCGGUCAGAGAGGUGCAAGCGAAGGUGCAGCAUUGGAACAAGCUACCACCAAACCAACGCCGCCUGCUGUGCACAUCCCGCCCCAACUGGCUGUCUCUCUCCACGACCUUCUUCCAGAAACACCUCCACCACCAGGUCCCGAUCCCACUGCACGACAUACUCGAGCUGGAUGAGACGAAUAUGACCGUCAGAGUGGAACCCAUGGUCACUAUAGGGGAGAUCACUGAAUAUUUGAUACCCAAGGGUUAUUCGCUAGCUGUCACCAUUGAGCUGGUGGACGCUACUUUAGGAGGUCUAGCGUUCGGCACGGGGAUGUCAACACACUCCCACAAGGCCGGCCUGUACCAUGAAACCAUCACCAGCUACGAGGUGGUCCUCGGAGACGGAUCUUUAGUAACCGCUACCAAAGACAACGAACACGCUGACUUGUACAAAGCCCUGCCCUGGUGCCACGGAAGUCUAGGAUUCUUAGUAGCACUUACUCUGAAAAUCGUCAAAGUAAAACCCUACAUCAAACUCACAUACACCCCUGUGACAGGGCAGAAGAACUACUGCGAUAGGUUAAGGGAACUCUCCGGCACAUACGAGAAACAACCUGAAGUCUUCCCGGAUUAUAUCGAAGGGACGAUAUUCAGCAAAGAUGAAGCAGUUAUAAUGACAGGAGAUUACGCAGAUUACGACCCUUACAUACCCGUCAAUGAGUGCUCCAAGUGGUACAAACCUUGGUUCUACAAACACGUCGAGUCUUUCCUGGUUGAAGGCGAAACCACAGAGCUGAUCCCGUUGAGGGAUUAUUUAUUACGACACAAUCGAGCUAUAUUUUGGGUGGUCGAAGAUAUGCUCUCAUUCGGGAACAAGCCGAUAUUCAGAUACCUUUUCGGUUGGCUGUUGCCUCCAAAACCUGCGUUUUUGAAGUUCACAACCACCCCUGGAGUUCGAGAGUACACUUUUACUAAACAAGUGUUUCAAGAUAUCGUUUUGCCUAUCAAGGAAUUGGAAAGACAGAUUGAUAUUGCUAGCGAAUUAUUCGAAAAAUUCCCGUUACUAGUAUACCCAUGCAAGAUCGUAGACCAUGGGCCGUCAUCAGGUCAACUGAGGCGACCGGAUUCGAAGUACUUAGUUCCUGGUACCAACUACGCGAUGUACAACGAUUUGGGAGUAUAUGGAGUACCUGGUAAAGUGAAAGAGAAGAAGCCGUAUAACCCCGUGGUAGCCAUGAGAAAGAUGGAGGAAUUUACAAGAGACGUUGGAGGAUAUUCCUUCCUCUACGCUGAUAUAUUCAUGACGAGAGAAGAGUUUGAGGUUAUGUUCGAUCUGUCGCUGUAUGAGGUGGUCCGCAAGAAGUAUAAGGCUGAAGGCGCCUUCCCGCAUUUGUAUGAUAAAGUGAAGCCUGAAAUUGAUGUGUUUGCUGUCGGCGAGGAGAAAUCGUAGAUUUACGUUACUUAAAUUUGCAUUUAUUCAUUAUUUUGUACUAUUUGUUAAAUUAAACAUGUAAUGAUUA